CAUUUUCCCGGAAAAAUAUCGAGUGGUGGGAAGGAAGGAAAGUAGAAAAAGCUAAGAGAAGAGAAUUCCGAGUAUUUCAGUAUUUCCUCUAAUGGCGGUUCUCUCAUGAAAUUCGAAACUGACUAUACGACGUCGUGGUUCGCCAGCUUCUCAUGACUCUGAGCUCCGACUCUCGCGCUCCUUCGCUGGAGUGGAAGUUCUCUCAGGUUUUCGGCGAGCGAGCUCCGGGCGAAGAUGUCCAGGACGUUGAUAUUAUAUCUGCGAUGGGGUUCGAUGCAAGUGGCGAUUAUCUUGCUGUCGGGGAUCAAGGUGGCCGCGUUGUGAUAUUCGAGAGGAAGGAUGGGAAACAUACUUCAAAUCAGAACCAGUCUCGUGCUGAGUUGGAGCAACUGGAUUUCAACUCCACAUGGAAUCCUGAAUUUAAAUACAAGACCGAAUUUCAGAGUCAUGAGCCUGAGUUUGACUAUUUAAAGAGCCUAGAAAUUGAAGAGAAGAUCAACCAAAUAAGAUGGUGUGCUACGCCCAAUGGAUCACUCUUCAUCCUUUCCACAAAUAACAAAACAAUUAAACUGUGGAAGGUUACGGAGCGUAAGGUGAAAAAAGUAAAAGACAUGGACCCUUAUCCGCUUGUAAGUUCAGAGAAUGUCCUUUUGGCUGAAAGUAGUUUCAUGACCGAACAAGACAAGCCAUCCGUUUCUAAUGGCUAUCAUCCAGAACGGAUGGAAAAGAUGGCCAAGAGCAUGUCACCAUCACAAGAUCGAUAUGUUGAGAUUGCGGAUAUGGAAGAUAUUGCACAUACAAGAUGUCGGAAGGUGUACGCUCAUGCUCAUGAUUUUAAUAUUAACUCCAUCUCAACCAAUAGCGACGGCGAGACAUUUAUUUCUGCAGAUGACCUUAGAAUAAACUUGUGGAAUCUUGAGAUCAGUGGUCAGUGUUUCAACAUUGUCGACAUGAAGCCAUCAAACAUGGAGGAUCUUACCGAGGUUAUAACGUCAGCUGAGUUCAAUCCAAUUCAUUGUAAUUUAUUUGCAUAUGGCAGCUCAAGAGGGUUUAUUCGUCUAGUUGACAUGCGGCGGUCAGCUUUAUGUGAUCACAGCGCGAUAAUAUUGCAAGAUGGAGAUUCACGUGGGUUGAAAUCUUUUUUCACAGAGAUCAUUGCAUCUAUCUCCGAUGUGAAGUUCUCAAAGGAUGGGCGGUACAUCUUAAGUCGUGAUUACAUGAAUCUAAAGCUAUGGGACAUGCACAUGGAUUCUUCGCCAAUUGUAACAUACAAGAUUCAUGAGCACUUACGCCCUAAGUUAUGCGAGUUGUAUGAUAAUGACUGCAUAUUUGAUAAAUUUGCUUGCUGUCUCAGUGGAGAUGGACGUCGUUUUGCUACUGGAUCUUAUAGCAAUCAUUUACGUAUUGUCUCUCGUGGUGUUGGAAGUGAAGAAGGAAUCACGAUAGAGGCUAGCAAACAUCCUGUCAGCAGGAAGCCGGUUCUCCAAGCUGCUCCAAGGGCUAGAAGGUCUUCCUUGAGCAAUCUAACACGUGGAUUUUACCGGCAGGGACAUGAAAAUUCAAGCUUAGGAGGCAAUGACUUCUCUUGUGACUUAAACUCCAAGUUAUUACAUCUGGCAUGGCAUCCCCAAAAAAACUUGAUUGCUUGUGCUGCUGGGAGUAGCUUGUUCAUGUAUUAUGCAUGAAUUUUUGUACAGUUUGCACUCCGGAAAACUGUUGCUCUUUAGAAUAGGUAGAAUUUGAGAUGACGAGAGUUGUCUGGUGAAUUUUGUUUUUCUAACAACCGAAGCGAAAAAGAAAGACAUGGAAGGUGGAUUUGGAUCAAAGUAAAUUCUGGAAAAGUUAUGUUUUUGUAAAGAAAGAAAUGACGCUCAAGGCUUAAUAAGCUAUACCGAAUUGCAAUGUGUGAAGAGUUUCCGUUGAUCAGAAUUUUUUACUCGGAAAUUACCGAGUCAUAUACUAGAGAAAUAGGAAGUAUUUUAUGUAUUCCGAUUGUAUAUGUUUAUGUAAUAUAGUACGUACUAUGUAUAUGCAUGUCUGAAAUUAUAUUUA